CGUGCCGCGCCCGCCGCUCCGCGCGCAGCCGGCUCGGGCCGCUCCUCCUAGCUGGGGCGCGGCGGCGGUGACCGCGCGGACCAAGUAGGGUCUGGGCGCCUAGAGCCGGGGAGCCGCCGCCGCGGGGCCCAGGGCGCGUGGAUGCGGCUGGGCCGGGCGGCGCCGCACACCUGAGGCGGGGCGCAGGGAGCGGCGCGGGCGGCGCGGUUAGGGCCGCGGCUCCCGCCGCCGAGCCGCGCUCUCCCGGACGAGCCAGGCAGUGAUUUGCGGAGCCAGGUUCACCUUCAGCUAUGGGCCGGAGAGCCUAGCGGAGCCCCGCCGCCGCCGCCGCCCCCCCAUCCCCCGACUCCCCUUCCCCGCCGCGCACCGGCCGCCGCUGCAUCCUGCCGGCCUCGCUGCGUGGCCCGCGCCCGGCAGCCGCCCUCGCCCAGAGCCCUCCCUCGUCCCAGCCCGCGUCCCCGCGCGGCGCCGCCGCGGGAAGCGGCACCCCCUCCUCUUCCUCCGCGUCCUCUCCCCUUCGGCCGCCGCCGGGGCCGCUUGUUGCACCGCCCGCGGCCUGCGGGAGCCGCUCUCCGCCGCCAGGCCUGGUGCUCGUGUCUGCACGCCCUUCCUCUCGCCCCCCGGGGCCCGCACCCCAGCCGGACCGGCGAGACCCCGGCCCAGCCCCGCCGCCCGCACAAAAUGUCGGCCCGGACGCCAUUGCCAACGGUGAACGAGCGGGACACUGAGAAUCAUACAUCUGUGGAUGGGUAUACGGAACCACAUAUCCAGCCUACCAAAUCAAGUAGCAGACAGAACAUCCCCCGGUGUAGAAACUCCAUUACUUCAGCAACAGAUGAACAACCUCACAUUGGAAAUUACCGUUUACAAAAAACAAUAGGGAAGGGGAAUUUUGCCAAAGUCAAAUUGGCAAGACAUGUUCUAACUGGUAGAGAGGUUGCUGUGAAAAUAAUAGAUAAAACUCAGCUAAAUCCUACCAGUCUACAAAAGUUGUUUCGAGAAGUACGAAUAAUGAAGAUACUGAAUCAUCCUAAUAUAGUGAAAUUGUUUGAAGUUAUAGAAACAGAGAAGACCCUCUAUUUAGUCAUGGAGUAUGCAAGCGGGGGUGAAGUGUUUGAUUACUUAGUUGCCCAUGGAAGAAUGAAAGAGAAAGAGGCCCGUGCAAAAUUUAGGCAGAUUGUAUCUGCCGUACAGUAUUGUCAUCAAAAGUGCAUUGUUCACCGUGAUCUUAAGGCUGAAAACCUUCUCCUUGAUGCUGAUAUGAAUAUUAAAAUUGCUGACUUUGGUUUUAGUAAUGAAUUCACAGUCGGGAACAAAUUGGACACAUUUUGUGGAAGCCCACCCUAUGCUGCUCCUGAGCUUUUCCAAGGAAAGAAGUAUGAUGGGCCUGAGGUGGACGUUUGGAGUCUUGGUGUCAUUCUCUAUACAUUAGUCAGUGGCUCCUUGCCUUUUGAUGGCCAGAAUUUAAAGGAACUACGGGAGCGAGUCUUGCGAGGGAAGUACCGUAUCCCCUUCUACAUGUCCACAGACUGUGAAAAUCUUCUGAAGAAAUUAUUAGUGCUGAAUCCAAUAAAGAGAGGCAGCUUGGAACAAAUAAUGAAAGAUCGGUGGAUGAAUGUUGGUCAUGAAGAAGAAGAAUUAAAGCCAUAUACUGAGCCUGAACCAGAUUUCAAUGAUACAAAAAGAAUAGACAUUAUGGUCACCAUGGGUUUUGCACGAGAUGAAAUAAAUGAUGCCUUGAUAAGUCAGAAAUAUGAUGAAGUUAUGGCUACUUACAUUCUUCUAGGUAGAAAACCACCUGAAUUCGAAGGCAGUGAGUCGCUAUCCAGUGGAAACUUGUGUCAGAGGUCCCGGCCCAGUAGUGACCUAAACAACAGCACUCUUCAGUCCCCUGCUCACCUGAAGGUCCAGCGAAGCAUCUCAGCAAAUCAGAAGCAGCGGCGUUUUAGUGAUCAUGCUGGUCCAUCCAUUCCCCCUGCUGUAUCAUACUCUAAAAGGCCUCAGGCUAACAGUGUAGAAAGUGAACAGAAAGAGGAGUGGGACAAAGAUGUGGCUCGUAAACUUGGCAGCACCACAGUUGGAUCAAAAAGUGAGAUGACUGCAAGCCCGCUUGUGGGUCCAGAGAGGAAAAAAUCUUCAACUAUUCCAAGUAACAAUGUGUAUACUGGAGGUAGCAUGGCAAGAAGGAAUACAUACGUCUGUGAGAGGACCACAGAUCGAUAUACAGCAUUGCAGAAUGGAAAAGACAGUAGCCUUACAGAGAUGUCUGCAAGUAGCAUAUCUUCUGCAGGAUCUGCUGUGGCCUCUGCUGUUGCCUCAGCCCGACCUCGCCACCAGAAAUCCAUGUCCACUUCUGGUCACCCUAUUAAAGUCACACUGCCAACCAUUAAAGAUGGCUCUGAAGCUUACCGGCCUGGUACAACCCAAAGAGUGCCUGCUGCUUCCCCAUCUGCUCACAGUAUUAGUGCCACCACUCCAGACCGGACCCGUUUUCCCCGAGGGAGUUCAAGCCGAAGCACUUUCCAUGGGGAACAGCUCCGGGAGCGACGCAGUGCUGCUUAUAAUGGACCACCUGCUUCACCGUCCCAUGAAACGGGUGCAUUUGCACAUGCCAGAAGGGGAACGUCCACUGGUAUAAUAAGCAAAAUCACCUCCAAAUUUGUUCGCAGGGAUCCAAGUGAAGGCGAAGCCAGUGGCAGAACCGACACCUCAAGAAGUACGUCAGGGGAAGCAAAAGAAAGAGACAAGGAAGAGGGUAAAGAUUCCAAGCCGCGUUCUUUGCGGUUCACAUGGAGUAUGAAGACCACUAGUUCAAUGGACCCUAAUGACAUGAUGAGAGAAAUCCGAAAAGUAUUAGAUGCAAAUAACUGUGAUUAUGAACAAAAAGAGAGGUUUUUGCUUUUCUGUGUCCAUGGAGAUGCUAGACAGGAUAGCCUCGUGCAGUGGGAGAUGGAAGUCUGCAAACUGCCACGUCUGUCACUUAAUGGGGUCCGUUUCAAGCGAAUAUCUGGGACUUCUAUUGCCUUCAAGAACAUUGCAUCCAAAAUAGCAAAUGAGCUUAAGCUAUAAAGAAAUCCAAAUUUACAGGAACAGGGAUGAUACAUCCAUAAAUGAGGUACAGUUUUUGAAUGUACUGGUAAUGCCUAAUGUGGUCCACCUGUGAAUCUCCCCAUGUAGAAUUUGCCCUUAAUGCAAUAAGGUUAUACAUAGUUAUGAACUGUAAAAUUAAAGUCAGUAUGAACUAUAAUAAAUCUGUAGCUUAAAAAGUAGGUUCACAUGUACAGGUAAGUAUAUUGUGUAUUUCUGUUCAUUUUCUGUUCAUAGAAUUGUAUAAUAAAAUAUGAUUGCUUAAAAACUUG